AUGAACAAGGCGGUUAUUCCCUUUCGGACUGCUUCAUUGAAAUUCACUAUUGACAAUAUUCUUAGUCUGAAGCAAAACAACAACAGCAACUUGGAUGCAUACGACUCAAACGUGCAGAGCGACGCCGGCUGUACAAAUAUUUUCACCCACCGAUAUGAGGACUACGAUGAACAAAGAAGGCAUGAGUCAAACUACACACACACCGAGACAGGUGAGCCCUUAUUUGGUUGUCUUAAAAUCGCCCAUUUCGGUUUUGCAUGUGUUCAUUUAUGGUAAACUAUAACAGCUGAGCAAUUAAAAUACUAUCCAGCCUAGGCAAUUUCAAACUCUGGGUUAUGUAAUUUUUCAUAUUCCACUUACUGUGGUCGGGUGGGUGUCACAGAUUAUAUACGAGUUGUUGUCACCAUUGCAUCAAAACAAGUUUUAUCGCUUCAUUUCACAGCGCAAACAAACAGCCCCCGCCACGAUGCCUCGGCUUGUGCGCUUUCAGUCUGCCGUGAGGACGUCAAGGCGACGAAGAUGAUUGACACUAGUCCAAGGACCGAGAGCACUAGCAGCUGCGACGAUGUAUCUGAGCAACAUAAAGGCAACUCGAAAACCAAAGCAAUGGCAAAGAAGAAAACACGCACUAUAUUCUCCAAGAGGCAAAUUUUUCAGCUGGAAUCUACCUUUGACAUGAAAAGGUACCUGAGCAGUGCAGAACGGGGAUGUCUGGCGAACUCAUUACAACUUACCGAGACUCAAGUGAAAAUUUGGUUCCAGAAUCGUCGGAAUAAAUUGAAGCGACAGUUAUCCACGGACAUUGAAGGACCAGUUCCAGGCGACCACUUUUCAGAGGCCGGGAAAAAUGUGCAAUUACCAACUCUUUACAAAGAUAGCAACAUAUUGGGCGGAUGUUUGCUACCAAUGCCUUUCCCUGUUAUGUAUCCAGGAAACAGCGCGCCUUACAUUUAUUUUUCAAACGCUGGUAAAUAUUUUAGCCUUUUCGAUGCAGACGGAUGA